GUAGCACUUCGAGUGCAAAAGAGGGGAUUGGAGAAGUUGGUGUCCAGCAGCAGGAGGUGUCAGCCCCUGUGUUCUCAACAGACCUUGCCAGUGAUGCCGAAUUGAGAGCAGAGUGUCGGUCAUUUAUUCCCACACCAGACAGCCCUGCACAAGAGGUGCUCUGUGUCAGGGGUCAGUGUAGCACUUCGAGUGCAAAAGAGGGGAUUGGAGAAGUUGGUGUCCAGCAGCAGGAGGUGUCAGCCCCUGUGUUCUCAACAGACCUUGCCAGUGAGACCAAAUCGAGAUUGGAGUGCCAAUCAUCCAGAUCCACACCAAACGACUCUGCAUGUGAGUGUACAAUUCAUCAGCUGGUUUUUGAAAUGGUGAGAAUUGACAAAUGCUGGAUAUGCCAUUCACCUUUGACAUCUAUCAGAUGGUGCGGUCUAAGAUGCAAACAAUGCUGUGGUGUGUGGCAUAAAAACUGCCUCCAGAAAUCCUCAGAAGACUGGGAUAUAGAUGAUGAUGUAACAUCAGCAUCUGAUGAUGAGUACAUACCAGAGUCUGUAUCGGAUUCAGAAAGCUCAGGGACAGAGUUGAGUGUUGAGUUGCCUGAACCAUCCAAAACGUCCCAUACCACUAACAUGCCUGAUUUAGGCGAUACUUUUGCUGAAGAAGAACAGAUGAACACACAGGAUAUCUGUAAGAAUUUCCUGAUAGAUGUAGAAACUAUCGGUGGUCUCCAAAGUGACCCCGAACCAGAACCAGAAAGCUCAGAGUCAAACAUGCAGAAAACAGGAUAUGUGAGUUCCAAAAAGGGUACGGUGGAUGUUCUUAGCCAAAGUAAAUCCCCAACCAAAUCAGGAAAACUCCUUAAAAGCCAUGUCAAUUAUUGUUUUGUAUGUGGAAAACCUCAAACAAAAUUUGCACGUCAUCUCGAGAGGCAUGCACAUGAAAAUGCUGAAAUCGCUCAGGCACUCCAGUUCCCCAAGUCAUCAAAGGAUAGAAAGGUUCUCCUUGAAAAAUUCCGAAACCUUGGCAACUUCAAGCAUAACUCAGUCGUGAAAACCACAGGAUCAGGCUGUCUUAAAGUGAAAAGGAGUUCCAAACAGAGCAGCAGCAGCUCUGAGACGUAUGAUUACUGCUUGUACUGUAAGGGUAUGAUAUCCAGAAAAGAACUUUCUCGACAUAUGAAAAGAUGUGCUUUGAGACCCGAGAAUAAUGUUGAAGAGGGACCCGAGUUGAGAGAGAGAGUCAUUGGCAUAGCAUCUGCUCAAUCUACAAUGUCCCAGCCAAUUUCAAGUGAACUUUGGUCAGUGCUGGGCAAAAUGCACAAGGAUGCGGUGUCCUCUGCUGUAAGGAAUGAUCAUUAUCUCAUGCAGUUUGCCCAGUCCCUCUUUAAUAAACAUGGGAGUGACAGAUCAAAGCAUGAGUAUAUAAGACAGAAAAAAGAUAAGUGA